CGCUGCUCCGCGGCGCUUCCCGGGCGGAGCCGCCCCCGGGCCGGGCCGAGCGGCUGCCGGGCGGCCCGCAGCGGGUAAACAACCGGGUAAACACGCCGGAUGAACGCCGGGAAUCCCGCGGCCCCUCAGUGAUACAGGAUGCUGUUUCCCUUGGUAUUGUGUGCAGUUUUGCUGAUAGGAAGCUGUAAAGGUCAAGAAGAUGAAUGGAUUGACCCCACGGAUAUGCUCAACUAUGAUGCAGCAUCAGGAACAAUGAGAAGACCGUAUAAGCCAAACUACCAUGACUCUGAGGAAAAGGCUGUGGAUACACUCAGCACUGAAAUCUCACAUUGUUCCAGGGUAAUAGAUUCCUUGCAACACAAGAUUGCAGAGUGUGAGAAGAGGAACGCCAAAUCACAUGAGAGCCGUAGCUUUUAUAUUUUUAAGCGAUACUUGAAUAAGAUUUUAAAUGAAGCUGGAAAACUUGGCCUUCCUGAGGAAAACGUGGGCCACGUCCAUUAUGAUGCUGAGAUCAUUCUUACAAGACAGACAUAUUUGGAGAUCCUCAGGUUUGUCAAUGAGGAAGCCUGGCAGCCAGGUGCCCUGGAUGAGGCACUGAGCGAUAUUCUGAUCGAUUUUAAGCACCAUGAUGAUCAAGCUUGGCGGUGGAGAUUUGAAGAUGCCUUUGGAAUUGAUCUAUAUAAUUUGUUUUUGCUGCUCUUGUGCUUACUGUGCAUUGUAAUUAUAAUAGCUACAGAACUCUGGACACGUAUUCUUUGGUUUGUUCAGCUAAAACGUAUUUUAUUAAUAAAUUUUUUCAUCAGUUUUGCAUGGAAUUGGCUUUACCUGUAUAAGCUGGCCUUCGCUCAGCACCAGGCAGAGAUCGCCAAGAUGGGGCACAUCGACAGCGUCUGUGUGGAGAAGCUGGACUGGAGGGGAACUCUCUUUGAAUGGCUUAGAAGUACAUGGACGUUUCAGGAUGAUCCCUGUCAGAAGUAUUACGAAACUCUGCUUGUAAAUCCUAUUUUGCUCGUUCCACCAACAAAGGCCUUGGCAAUAACUUUCACCAACUUUGUAACUGAACCUUUGAAGCAUGUAGGACAAGGCAUUGGUGAAUUCAUCAAGGCACUUAUGAAGGAGAUACCGUUAAUUCUGCAGGUUCCAGUGCUCAUUAUGAUGGCUCUGGCCGUCCUGGCUUUUUGUUACGGUGCAGGAUCAUCAGUGUCUGCAUUAAGAUACUUAACAUCUUCUCAGAAGAGAAGUCUUCCCCUGCCUGCCGGUGAACAGGAGCAAAUAGCCGAUGGGAGGACAGCAGACGAGUACCACGCGCAGAAGCACCUGUACAUCCCCAGAGGCCCCCAGGACAGAGGGGAUGCCUCCACAAGGCCUCUCCCUGUGCCCAGAGCGGGCAAUGGCUGCAGGAGCCCGGACACAGCACACGCCAGCCACGAACUGGAUGCACAGAACAGGUUUUACACUGAAUCUGAAGUUCAUAGACUUGAAACUCUCAAAGCUGAAAACCUUCCUGAUGAAACUGCACUUGAGCAGCAAAAACAGGAGACAGGCAAAGCAGAAGGAGAGACUGGAGAAAACUGUGACCCUAAUAAAAACCUAGAAGGGAAAAGUUCUGCUGUGGAACCAUGUGAAGAGAAGAAAAAGAGUGUUUUACAUGACUCCCAGGAAAGAGACUAAGGAAGACCCAGGCUCUGCUGUGGAGUAGAGGAUGUUGCCGCUGCAGCAGCUGAGAGUCUGUUCUUCUCCUGGAAGCAGCACCUCUGAUCAUCCAUCCUGUUACUCUGGAACCGACUCAGCAGAUCAAAGAACCCUUCAUCUGCCAUGGUCUCACGACUGCUUUUCUGAAAGGGAGAAGAUUUAGGGUAUUUGACCUUAGAGUGCCUACAGCUGGGACAACUGCAUCAGAAUUUCAGUCCAGUAAUAUAUUUGAUAUUUCCAUAGCUGAAAUUUAUUAAAUUAAUUUUUUUAGUAAACCAUUUCUAUAGCCAGAGAUCUAUCAUAGGACGAGGGCUGCUAGGGCAGCAUUUUGGAGAGUGAAAUAUAUUAGAAAUGUCUCAUUCUCUGAAACAGAAGGGAACAGUGCUCUGAUCCUGGUACAAUGGGAGUUAAUUCUCAGCCAUCAUCCAACUAAACCUCAAACACCUGUGAGAGGAAAAAGGAACAAGAGCAGCAAUGAACAGUUGCCAUGGUCUCCUCAGGUCUAUGACCAAAUGACUCAGUUCUUUUCUUCUGAACUGACUUCUCUUAGGAGUGUAAUAACCUAAAAAGUAUGUCCAAAAUAAUCACCCACUGCCUGAAUCAGAAAAACUAGAUGUGGGGUCUAGAAGAGACUUAGAAAUAAACUUUGCUUGCAAGCUGAGCUCUAACUUCAAAAAAUCCACCACGAAUAAAAUGUUUCAGUAGUGGGAAAAAUCUCAAAGCUGGCACCACCCCUGAGAGAGCUGUAGAAUGACAGAUUCACAUCACUUUAGAGCCACAGUGUUUAAAUCAAGUUAACCUGAACAGGACAGCUGCAGGAAGGUGUUUUCCACAGUUCUGAUCACAUAAAGAUGAGUAAAGGCCACAGUAAAUGAUUGCCACAGCUCACUCCACCUACCCUCUGAGAGUUUGGAAGUCGAUGGUCAAUGGAAUUACUGGCAUCCUGCAAAACUUUGGAGGUGGUGCCAUUUUUGUACUUUUUGCCUUUUAGUCGAUUUACAAAAUGAAGUUUUGCUGAAGUUUUGGCAACCAGUGGUUUCUGUUUAGCAAGAAUCUCACUGUUCCAGUUUGGAACCUAAGAAAACAAGAGUCAGGAAAUUAAGCCUUCUCAUUUUAUUUACCAGUACCUCUUAGCUGCUGCUGCUUUUCCUCCCCUGAAUGAGGCAGCUUUACACUAUUUUGUUCAUGCAGCCACAAGGAUGUGGUUAUGAUUCCUGAGCUGCUGUUAGCAGGUUAGUGUUGUUACGGGUCAGUCUGAGAACUGAACUGUGCUGUAACACCUGAUGGAUUAAGACAUGAUCAGAUAAUGGUUUAAUCAAACACACUGACAUUGUCCUUGCUGACUGCAGUGCAGGAAGGGCAGUUAAUGUAAGUGCUGAACUGCACAGCUGGCAUUUCCCACCUGGCAUUUUAGCACUGGAAAGAAAAAAAAGAAAAAAAAAACCCACCCCAUAUUACACAAAGUAUUUAUACAAAGUGUUAGAGCAAAAGAAACCCUUGUACAAAUGCAGCUACACAACCACCCUUCCUUCAAGUUUUGCUGUACACAAACUUACCAAUAAAGACUGAAAAGAAAGAGGGAGACAAAUGCCAGAACAAUAAAAAACAGGAAUAACCCAUCUUCUUUCAUUAAACAACAGAAUGGAUAACUUUAUCAACUUGACAGAUUUUCCCUAAAACUUCCUCUAAAAUAAACAGAAUUAUCCACAACUGACAGACUGCUGUAACUGAAUACAAACAACCCCGGUUUUUUUCCUGAUUCAACGUCAGAAAUAACAGACACAGUCACAAAUCUUCCAGCAACACUGCCUACCCAGUGGAUUUCCCUUUUCAAGGGUUUACUGAACAUCAGCACCCAGACUCUGAGAAGAUGCCAUCCUGUACAAUCAAACCCCAGUGCUCAGGUCAGGGGUUGCUCUGCAUAUUUAUGGAUGUUACUCUACUCAACAAGUACCUUGAAAAAAGCCCUUUGUAAGCUCUAGAUUGCAGUAGUAAAUUAAUGCCAAAACCUACAGGACACAUUCUAGCAUAUUUAGGACACAGGCUGUUAAGAGGAUACAUAUUUUAAAAUAGUUCCCAGAUAAAAAAGAUUCAGAGAGUAAGAAAACCCAGCUGAUAAUGGCCAAAAGCUUUCAAGGCUCCCUGCAGAGGCCUUGCCCUAGACUAAACACAGAGUGUUUCUAAAGCAGUACCCAAAGAGGCUCUUGAGCACCAGUGCUGACCUCAGCUGUACUGACUGUACAUGUGCUUUGAGAUUUUACUGAUUAACAUGACAGGCUUUGCCUCAUUUCAAGAGACUGGAAUUAGAUAUCCCAGUAUGGAAGGAAAAAUAAUCAAUUUCAGCCGGCCAAUGGAGUCAUUUAUGCAGAACUGCCAGCCCACUGGCAGGAUGUGAAGGAAAUCUCUCAUAGACUGACACAAGGAUUUUAAGUGGGAGCUCCCAUCACCAAGAGAUUUCUGGGCUUGGGGAAGUUGUUUUGCCUGAGACUCAGCUGUAACAUCUCUCACAUAGCAUCCUUACUCAAGAUGGAGGUUGAAGCUUCUGAUGGUUUACAAGUUGGUUGAAAUCUCUAAGUGAAAAACAUAGCAUGCAUUUUAAGUGUUUAUAAAAUGACUGUAACCAAAGAAAAAGUGUUCAGAAAAGCUAAGCUAAAGCUUAGGAAUUUUAUUCUGAAUUACUUCCGUGCUGCAAUCUCAACCCAUCUCUAUAAAGAGAUGAAAGAAUUCCUUUGAUGCUCAUUACAGAACCUCAUUCUUUCUCAUUUGUGCAGAGAAUAAAGCAAGCUUCCCACAGCCAUUACCUGCCACACGUUGUUACCGACAUGACAAAAGUGUUAUUUGUUAGUAUUGUUAGACCUGCUGUUAAUGGAGCUCCUGUGAUGAACUAAAUUAAAAAAGGGAGGCAAAUAGCGCAUCAGCACACCCUCAGAAAUGUUUCACUGCAAUCUCAGCAGCAGAACAGAAAGAAGCAAAGUGCCAACCUUUUCUGGUGUUAAUUUCAUAAGUUCCAUGUUCUCCAUACUGUAACGGCGUCCUCUUGGUCUGCCACCUUCAAGAGACAAAUUCAUCUUUUAUUAUUAAAAUUUAUGGUGUCACCUGCAAAGCUGUAGCUGUACUCAUCUAAGCUCCAAGGUCCAAGACACAGACACAAAUAGAACACGUGAAGAAACUAAGCAGUAACCUGUGAUUCACAAUAUAAAUCCUCCCGAGAAGGAGGUGCUGAAGGGGUCCAAUAUUGCAAGAACCAUUUUUAGCUGCUGGGGAGAAAACCAAGAAACUUGCAAACUCAACCACGGUCAGUAAAGAACUCAAACAAGAGAUUCUUUUAGAAGUUCUCUGUUGGGAAAGUACCGCAGAAAGAGGCACAUACCAUUCAAACUGUUUUCCACUGCGUGGCUUUCUGCCAUCAUGGAGUUGUUUGUGCUGUAGCUUAAUCCAAGAACCAUCUGAAGAUCUGAGAGAUUAAGUCUGGCAGUGAGUUCUCCACUUCUGUCUCCUACCUUCAAGCAAAUAAAAGCAGUGGUAUUACCUUAACAAAUA